AGUCUACGCAUCGUAUCCAAGAUACACGCAACACGUUCCACGGUGUACGAGAGGAUUAUAACAAUAAUUUGCGUCAUCCAAAUAUUGAAUUCCAGUUUUGUGGGAAUGUUUAAGGUGUUUUUGGGUGGCCGAUUCAAAACUGAAGUAAGACUUAAGUCCACUGAUGCGUGUCAUUGCGCUGUGAUCACGGAAAUAGAAUAUUAUUUAUACUCGUGACGGUAGCUAUAAGUAUGACGGACGAAAGUUGGAUCGACCAAGACAAAACCAAAAGUUACAAAUUUCUACUUGAACGUAUGGCCGGAGGAAGAAUGGCUGUAUACAUUAAGAAGUUCGAAAUACUCCAAAAAGAGACAGCCAACUCGACCAUGCUCAUCGAUUGUGUGCCAGUCAUUAUGGACCUGAUCACGUGUGAUCUGAACGUGGAUAAAGCGUUACGACAGUCGUUGCUCCGUAGUCUUGUUCAAAUGGUUGUUUCGUCGGAAAAUGUUGUACAAAAGCUCUCGGCCGCGUGGAAAACGGAUGUGCUGUUGGGAAAUCUGGUCCGAGUCAUGCGCGAACAUGUCUUGACGCAAUACAAACACUAUCAACUUUACACGCAUAACGUGGUCACCGUGAUGAAGUGUUUGGCACAAGUCAUGAAAAACAACAAAGUUAAAGAAAAUAAGCUCAUCCAGACCACGUACCUAGUGGGCAAGGACAGCUGCACUAUGUUGGAUGUUCUUCUGAAACCCAUGCAGUAUCUGGUAAACAUGAACAAGAUGUUUAACGAUUUAGGGUUGCUAUUGCUGAAUACCGAGGACACGGACUAUGUAGGCGAAAUAAAGCGUUAUUUGACUCAGGUUUUCAACAAAAUUCAGAGCAAGCUCGAUCUUGUGUCAGAAAUUAUUGAUCAAAUUGUCAAACGAUAUGAGAAACGAUGCGAGAAAAACAAAUCAGCUGACGAAAAAUGGAAGAAUUUAAAAGAAAAACUAAGAAAAAUGUUUGAAGCCACCAUUGUUGCACCUUGUUCGUUUACUUUCAACUUAUAUUUAAAUUACUAUUUUCCUAACGAAGAACACGUCAAUGAAUAUUUGAACACUUUAAUUAAAACAUAAUAACUAAUAAGGUAUUAUAAUAUUAUAUAGUACCUACAUUUUUUUUAUUGCUUAUAAUAUGUAGAUUACUUCUACUAUUAUACAUUUUAAUUUUUAAUAGAAUUUAUUUCUGUUUAAUAGCAUUAAUACGAAAACGUUUGAUUUUCAGUUGUACAUUUAGUUUAGUAAAAUGUAGGUAUACGAUCAAUUAAGAUUUUUUAAAUCGACAAAUUUGAAUAAACGUUGAUUGUUUUAUGCUGCCUACUACAACUGUUUUUUUCAAAUUAAUCAUUUUAUAUCACUUAUUAUAGUCUUACAAUUUUUUAUACUACUUAAAAGGCAAGUAACCUUCAUGGA